AUGGGUUUUGUACAAUGGUUAGCAGUUGGUCUUUGUGUUUUAAUUGUCGUAGUGUUUCGAUUCACACGUCGUAAUGCACCACGUCCUGUGAAGGCUCCAAUUAUAUUUGCAAUUAUCUAUUUAAUAGUAACUACAGCUCUAUUAAUUUUCUCAUUCUAUGGAUCACCUCAAGAAUCAUUAUAUGGUAUUUUAAUCAUUUUAACCGGGAUACCAGUUUAUAUAUUGGGUUGUGUUUGGAGUCCAAAACCGAAAUCAUUUCAACAGACAAUGUUCAACUUCACCAUUGGAUUACAAAAAUUAUUCCGUAUUGUACCAACUAGUUGA